GGGAAAUUUUCUUUUUAUUCAAAAACAAUUUUGUUUAGAGAAAAAGAUUUUUUUUUCUCGAAAAGUGUUAUUUAAAUAUUUGAGGAAAUUGGGAAAUUGACGUAAUGCAACAUGUCAUUGUUAUGUUCGGUGAGGCGUUUAAAAGAACCUCGACCACGAAGAAAUAAUUUGAAAUUGAAUUUACAGCUUUCAAAAAAGGAUAUAUUCUUCACGGAUUUGUGUUUCUUUUUUUUCUGGAGUAAAUUAACUCUUUUUAGCUCUCUUGAGAACAGGAUGUAUUUCGUUUUGUCGCUUUUACAAGGAUUUUCGAACACUUACAAGAGGCGAUUUUCUCCGAGGAAAUCUGCAGAUUCUUCUAUAACUACGUUUCGAUAGGAGAAUUGGGGAAAUCAAGGAAAAUCAAUGGAUAUAUUCUGGAUUUGUACAAUUUCUCUUCUAAUUUCAUUUGUGAAUUGUACAAAUUUUCAUUCUGAUCUUGAGGACAAUGUGAAGGACAAUGAGAAAGGAUCGUCAAUUAAGGACUUUACAAAUCGUGGAAGUGAAUCUGAAUAUCUUAUUCGUGAUAAGGGGAGUAGUCACAAUGAGGAUAGUGCCGAGUCAGAAAAAAAGGAGUCCAAUUCACAUGAGGAGGAGAAAAAAUCGGGACAUUUCGAUGAGAAGGAUUCAGUGACAAAGGGUCACGAAAUUGCUCGACAAUCUGAUGGUGAAUCGAAAAAAACCGAUCAAAGUGAACAUUCUCAUGAGAAACAUGACAAAGGACAGGAGAAGAAGGGCUAUCAUCGAAGUGGUUUUGUCAAUAAAUAUCACAAGGAUGAAUCCAGUGAUAAUUCGAGUUACUACGAGGACAGUGAUAAUCAAAAAGGCCACAAGGAUUAUAAAGGACGUAAUGGUCAACAAUAUGAGAAGACCGAGGAUUCCUACAAGGAUGACGCUCACGACAGGGCUUUAACUUCCAAGAAUAAUGCCAAUCACGGCGUUUAUGACAAGGGAAAAGGACAGAAGAAUCGGUACAAUUACGCUGGAGGGUAUGACAACAGUCGCUACGAUGACGAUAGGAGAAAAAUCUAUCACGAUGGAGCAGGAAGAUAUUAUGAUCAUAAUGGAAAUGAGAUCUACUACUAUCGCCGAGAACAUCCCCAUGUUUAUUAUCCUAACGAAUAUUACCCUCAUGAAAAUCCUCAUUAUAAUGCUUAUUAUCCUCGAAAUCUAUACGAUACAGGAUAUUACUCAAAUCAACGUAAUUACUAUAAUGAUGAUCAUUAUUAUCCUGCCAUGAGACGAUACUACGAUGGAUCCGAUGAUACUUGGACGGAUUAUUACAGAGACGAUUAUGAUACUAAAUAUUCGAGUGGAUACGAGAAAGAAUAUUUACCAAAUAAUUUCUAUCAAAAUUACUAUGGAAGAUAUUAGAAAUUAAUGUCAAACUUUCAAAAUUUGCCGCGCGUGGCGCUAGUGUCGCGAGUGAUGACGCAAGAAGAAGCACUCCACCACUCUCUCAACAAUAGUGUGUCUGCGGCCAGCUGAGUGACCUUGCAGUGUUUGUAAACAGAUACACGUUGUGUUGUGAAGUCCUGUAAAAGUUUUC